CGGGAGAAAAGGGCGAACCGAAACGACGGUUCAGAACCGCCCGUCCAUAUAAACAGAAUUUACAGUACCGUAACUGAUCAUAGCAUCUGAAACCUUAAUCGCCAACGAUGAGGAAAGGCAGUGCUAAUCCCAUCAUAAGAGCGGCAGUUUACGGAUAAACGCAGGCGGUUCGAUGGCCUCCGUUGCGGGGAGCGAAGCUCGUGCGAGCGGCCCUGGUGAGGGGGCAGCGGGGUUACAGCCUGGGGCACGGAAUCUGUUCCGCUCGCAUACGCAUUCCCUGGCCGCCGCAGCCGUAGCUGCUGCUGCUUCUCCGGGCUCUAUGAUGGUGGAGUCGGUGGAUGAUGCGGAGGGGCUUUACGUCGCGGUGGAGCGCUGCCCCCUCUGUAAUACGGCUCGUCGCAGGCUAACUUGCGCCCGCUGCAUUCAGGCUGGCGAUUUCGUGUAUUUUGAUGGUAGAAACCCUGAACGGUACACUGAAAAAUUCGAAAGACUGAAGAAGCUCAAGGAUGAAAAGCAAGGCCUACAGCAAAGAGUUAUCAAAGCCAUGGAUAAGAAGAUUCAGGCUGAUCAUCUUAAGUGGAAGAUUAUGUCAUGCAAGAUGAAGAUUGAGCAGCUGAAGGAGGCUAUCCACAGUGGAAAUGAAGAAGUGAAGAGCGGUAAGGACCUGCUGCUGCGCUCCCAAGAGGAGAGCCAGCGCCUUUACCGCCGGGCCAGCCGGCACCAGGACAAAAAGGAAAAGAUCGCACGGCACAACCGGCGGCUGGGCGAGCUGCUGGAGAGGAGGGGCAGGGAGCUGCAGGGCCGACUGGAGCAGCUGGCAGAGCUCCGCCGGGGCCACAUCCUGGAGCUCACCACCCACAUCUUCCCCAUGCAGGAGGAGAAGUUGGGCACCAGGGACCCAGCAGACGUGGUUGCGGAGUGUGACCCUGCCCUGACCUCAAGCACGGUCAGUGAGCUUGCUGAGGCGCGGCGGACCACUUACCUGUCAGGGCGCUGGAUCUGGGACGACCAGAACGGCGAGACCAGCAUUAGCAUUACGGGCCCUCGCGUCACGCUGCCUACCAACGGGGACUGCUCGGCCUACUACAGCUGGGUGGAGGAGAAACGGAGCAGCCAGGGCCCAGACUUGGACCAUGUUAAUCCCGCCCACACCAUCAGCACUGCAUUGUGUUAUGCAACCCAGCUGGUCAACAUCCUGUCCCACAUCCUGGACGUCAGCCUUCCCAAGAAGCUUUGCAACAGCGAGUUCUGUGGGGAGAACCUGAACCGAUACAGAUUCACCCGGGCCAUCAACAAGCUCAACACCAACAUCCUUCACCUCUGCUUCUCCCAGCACGUGGAGAGUGAGCUGCUGCACCCCCACCACACCCUCAGGAACAUCAUGUUUCUGGUCGACCCUCACAACAAGAACCUGGGCAGGACAGGUCCCUUCGAGGUCAGCGCCGACCUGGAGGAGUCCAUGGAGUUUGUGGAGCCAGAGGCGGUGGGGUCGGCUGAGGAGAGCGGGGACGAGGCGGUGUCAGAUGAGGAGACGGACCUGGGCACCGACUGGGAGACAGUGCCCAGCCCCCGCUUCUGCGACAUCCCCUCCCAGCCCAUGGAGCUAUCACAGAGUGCCGUCCUGCAGGCCUCCCAGCCCAGCAGCAACGCGGGGGGCAUGAUCUCCUCUGCCGCUGCCUCAGUCACCUCAUGGUUCCGGGCCUACACUGGCCAGCGCUGAUGCCCAGGGGAAGGGAGCGACAUUAGGCAACGUGCAUGUCUGUAUGUGUGUGGAUGAGGGGGAGGGGUUUUUUUAAUCACCUUUUUUUAAAGACUGUUCUUACUUUUAAAAUAGCUCUGAUUUUUGAGGAUGGUUAAUAUGUACUUGAAGUUUUCCUGGAUGCUCGGUCACAGAGUGGUGUGAACCAAGGGAUUUGCUUUGAUUGUUUGCCUGUAUGACAUUGCAGGAGAGAGGCCAGGUGCCAAGUGGCACACUGCUGCUGUGAGCUGCAUUAGAGCUGAUCAUACUUUUCGAAAUCCUCACAAUCUAUGUUGCUGUACAUGCUUGUGAAAAUUCCCAGUCAUUUCCAAACACCAUAAGAACUCCAUGAUGUCAGCCGUGUUUACCGUUUCACCUGUGUCUUCAGUGCAGGAUUAACAGAAUGGUUACUGCAGAACACCCACUGUCAUGUGGGGUGCCUGCUGUAGGACUGGCUCCUGUGUAUGUGGGUACACGCUUGUACUGCAAGCAUUUGGCAUGACAGUCACACACCCCAGACCUAGACUGCAUGGUGAUGUUAUUAGUACUUUCAGAAGGCGUUGAAUGCCAUUUGCUCCAAAGAUGUGGAGACAUGGAUAGCUUAUGGCAUUUUAGCACACUUUCUCAUUUCUUUUUGUUUUAUUAUUAGAAUCCACUUCAUUUACUGUGUUUAUAUAUCAUGAAUAACUACUACUGACUGCUGGGUUAUUGGAACUGUGGGUUAGUGUGUGUUUUUUUUUAAAGAUUUCAAGAUUUCUUGGUUGUUAGAAGUGCUAAUCUCAAUGCUGAACACUGACACGGGGUUUGACAGUUUGACAUCUAGAUCACAGCCUGUAAGAACCCUGCCAUAUGUCAAGGUUUGUAUGCAUUUUUCUUUGUGUCUUUUACUGCUGAGAAAUUUUUAAAUCUAGGUGUUUGAACUGUGAAAUUAUGCAGAUUUUCAUGGACUCAUUCUGUUUCACAAGCAAUACUUUGGAUGGGAGAUAAAAUUUGAAAUUGCUACUUGCAUAUUAAUAUGCAGGGCAAAAAUGUAUGUCAAAGGUAACUGCAAAAUUAAACUUGUAAAGUAAUGGUGGUAUAUUAUGAGCCUGUUGAACUGGUACAGGAUAGUUAACCGUAUUCUCACCUGAUGGAUGUUUAUACAUAUGGACGUCAGGAAAUGUUACCCGAAAUGAUUUCAGAAAACACAAUAGGUGAUUUAGACAUUAUAUAGUUCUUAUGCAAUUUCUUUGUUGCCAUAAAAAAUUCUGAUUGAAUGUUUGUCCUGUGCCACUUAUUAACCAGUUAUUGUGCUGAAGACGUCAAAUGCAUAAAUACCUCAGUUUUCUACUGUAUUUGAAAUUCAAAGAAUUUUUUUCACCUUGCUGCUUUGGCAAGGGGGCAAAACACAAAUCCUUACACUUGGCAAUGUGACCUCUCACA